AAACUGAAAUAUUUUCCGAAAAAAAUAGAACAAUCUUUUAUGUUUUGGAUUCUCGUUAGGUUCAUUAUUACGAAUACAGAAAGACACGUCCGUCUGCUAUACUGCACAAGGGAAUACCAAACGAUAUGUCAACUAUGGCAGGCUUACUUAACAUUUAAUACUCAUCAAUUAAAAAUAUAUAAAAGGUUAAAAUAGUAAGGGGAAAAUCAAUACAGAUAUCUUUAAAGAGAAAAUCGGAUUAACUAGCAAUCCAAGAGAGAUGUCUAUAAAAAAUAACAGAAAUGUUUUUUAAUGUAAUAGAAAUAUUUCAUAGUAAUAUGAGUAAAUGACUUCUGUCUGUUAUUUAUGAGAUAUCCCCUAAAUCAAGAGAGAGAGAGAGAGAGAGAGAGAGAGAGAGAGAGAGAGAGAGAGAGAGAGAGCUUUAUUAAGUCUUCAAAGACGUGUGCUUUAAAGGAAAUACACAUAUGGAAAUUUGUUAUUCGGUGAGCUGAAUGAGUGAGGGUGGGAAUAAUUAUAAACAUACCUAAAUAUUUUUUUUUAUGUCAAUUAAGUAUGAAUAUAGCAUCCUACCAUUGUACCUGAUGUGUAUUUCAUUGGACAGGUGAGCUUUAUACAAAUAUAUACUGGAGACUUAUUUAAACAGGUGUGUCUUUAAAGACAGGUGUGCCUGUGUAGUGACUUCACGUGUACAUUAUUGAUUAUCUUUGGUUGAAGACUGUGUGAAAAUGACAACAGGGCCAUGUGGUGUAAGACUUACGAUAAGCCCCUGACAUGAGUUAAACGUUAACCGGUACUCGCAUACAUUUAACAUGGCGGCCAUACACAUCCCACGAGUACUCGCAUUAUUGUUUUUGUGCACGUGCCUGUACUCGUGUACAAUUGUGUCGGGUGCGGAGUAUGAUGAUUUCGAUUUUGAUGGCUUACCUGGUGUGCAGCAUGAAUUUAAAAUCGAGGUACAGGCAGGCAGAGAGGAAUGCUUCCACCAAAAAGUUGCGGAGGGAGCCAACCUACACAUGUCUUUCGAGGUGCUUAAUAGUCACACUGAGGACGUGAAUGUUUAUCUAAGGGAUACGGAUGAAAAUAUUGAUGAUUCAAGUAGCGUUUAUGGUGAAAAUAGAGGCAGGAUUGAGAAGGGUAUUGAAGUUGGAGGAGUUUACACAAUAUGCUUGGACAAUACGUUUAGCAGGAUGGCCUCCAAGCUCGUUUACGUCUACCUGAUAACCUUUGUACCCGAGGAGUGGACAAAAUACGUCCAGGAAAUCGAGGAUAUGAACAUGGCGGUGACCAACUUCACGUAUUCUAUAUCAGUGGUUCAGAAAUCCCUUGAGCAGGCCACACUACACCAAGCAAGCAGUCGUAUGAAUGUCGUGAAGGACUGGUACCUUAUCAUGAGCAAUAAUAGCUACAUUGUCAAAUGGUCCAUAGCUCAGAUGUGUGUGGUUACAUGUUCAUCAAUAUUUACUGUCUUAUUCGUCCGUAGAUUAUUUAAAAUUUCAAACGUCACACCAUCUCAAAAACCACGAGCAUAAUAAUGACAUUUAAAUUGUUCUUUAGUUUUUGUUAUGCAUACAUUUUUUCUAUCGAAUUGUAUCACGUUGAUACAACACAUAGCAAAGGGGAUAUUUGUCAAAGUGUUAAGAUGUUACUUUUGCUAUUGGCUAAACAGAAUGACACUUUCUAUUUCAUUAAAAGUCGGCUAUUUUUAUGUUCAGAUGUUGAUGAAUCGACAUUAGAAUAAGAAGUUAUUUUGAAACAUCUUUGCUACAUACACUACGGUAUCAAUUUACAUACACAAUUUAUACCAUUUAUGAUAUAUAAAAUCUUACCAAAUAAUAGCUAGGGCUUUGCCUGACACUCGUGCAAAAUAUCAUUGUUCUGCCAUACUCGUUGAAUACUGUAUAGCGCUUUAAAUUCGCGGGGUAAAUAUUUCGCGGUUUCGUAUUCAGUAAAUAUUCGCGGGGGUUAAAUUUCGCUGUGCACCCGAAUUCCAUGUGUCGUGGAAAGUAUAUUGAGUGUCAUCAGUAAAGGGUUAAACCCCGAAAUACAGGUAAAUCGUUUGAAAACACUGAUCCUGAGCGUCGUCAUCCGCCAGUGACUUCACUCGAAAGAAAGUAA